GUUCUUCUGGUGGAAAAACCUGUUGUUCGAGAGAAUGUUGCAAAUCUUGCUUCUUCAAUGGCCCAACGCCGGGGAGACUUUGACCUACUACGAGGUGCGCAGAAUCUCGCAGCGGCAGAGGUGCGAGAAGAAGAUGCUGCACAGCCCUUCAUGCUGGAAGCGGAGACAAAUAGCUUUAUGUUCCAAGGAAAGGUUGUGGCGUUCAAUGUCUUUUCGAUGCUGAACCAUGCGUGUGCGGCAAGUACUGAGGAGAACGUUUGCUUCUCAAUUCUGAGUACGGGCGAAGUUGCCGUCGAUGACAAUUUGGAGGUGAAGCUAGUGGCUAUUCGCGACAUUCAGGCAGGUGAAGCUUUGCGUAUAUCGUAUCAUGAGCUCUUUGCAGAGCCGGAAGCCAGACAAGAGCGUAUCCGAGCUCAUUGUGGUGGAUUUUGUGCAUGCUCUCGAUGUCACUUGGAACGAGAAGAAGCUGGUUUGGCUGCCACAUUGCCACUUUGUGUAGCGAGUAAGCGAGCAAAAUGCCAGGUGUGUUCUUCAGAGGAGCCUGCAGAGAAAGGUGAGGUAGUUGAGUUGUUUGGCAUCUGUCACCGCGAACUUCAAGGAGCAACUGCGAUUUUGCGCGAAGCUCGUUCAGAUGGGAUGUGUGUUGAGCUUCUGCAUCAAGGCCUUCGGCUAUGUAGAAGUGUGCCUCGAGAUACAGUACGUCGCUUUAAUGGGGACGGUAAGGAUCUCUUGAAAUGCGGUGCCUGUAAAAGCGUGCAUUUUUGCUCACGAAGCUGCCAACGUGAAGGUUGGAAAGAACACAAGCGUUUUUGCUCAACAUCCGGGACUUGGCAAUCAGACAGGGCCAAGUUGGAACACAUUCGAAAGAAGUAUGAAUUGCCAAGUUUCAGACAGUCGGCCUCUGAGUUUGAACUGUCUUCAGCCUUUGAAGACUUCCAAUUUUUCAUUGAAAAAUGGACACAGAUUGGACGGAACGUACAUUUAGGUUCAGGACAUCAAGCUAUUCAGGAGGCGAUUCUCUUCGCCAUUCCGAUCGGAUCUUUACUGCUGUGGAAAGUGGCCUCACGAGACUCACGCGACCGAGUCGACUCACGAGCAGUUGGACAAGUUGGAGAGAUUGGAGAUAUUGGAAAAAUAUAUCUGCGAUUGCUGAAGUUGGCUCACAUGAAUUUGCGGAAUGUUCGACUCCUGGUGCCUAGAUUUCACAUCGCCCAUUGGACAGCCCUGUAUUUUGUUAAUGGAAUUCUGCUUGCUAAAGAGCUUGUGCAGCCAGACGCCCUUGAAUCGCAAAACCGUUUGGUCAAAGCGAUGUCAUCAGACUUUGAAAGAUGCCUUGACAUUGCAGAUGUGUUUGAUCCAAACGUUGCAAAGUCUUUCCGAUAUGGUCAGUCUAUGCAGUCUGUGCAAGGAGAGAGCACAGAGGGCACUCACGGCUCCCAGCUAGGCUCCCAGCUAUUUCAACAGAUGGCACGAGACCCAUCAAAGCUCGCAGCUUUCUACAGUAUCGAUGCUGAGCUCCCGCUGGAGCAAAAGAUGGAACAGAUGUCGCGUUUGUUAUCUGAACCAGCGCCAACAUCCAUUGCCGCAAGAAACUGCAGACAAGCAGAUCAAAGAGAUCAGGGAGAUCAAACUCGCAAACCACAAAGGACUCCAAACGCCAAUCCGAAAAACACCAAGAUAUCUUGUGCGACCACUUCCAGCAUUGCCUCGGAAAGCAGCCAAGAGAAUCCGCAGUCCAGUGUGCAAUUUGCAGACGCUCUGGGAAAGCGUUUGCCUGUCCAGCAAGCGUGUGCAGAAGCAGUGGAUCUCAACAUGCUUGACUGAGUGGAUCCAUGCUUGACGGAUUCCAUCCGACUCUCUUCCUGUGAGCCUUGAAGCUUUGGCAUUUUUGAGGUGACAGGGUACCUGGGGAUUCCAGGCUGGCAAGUCCUUCAGCAGUUCUGCAGUAGUUUAUAGUCUGCAGUCUGCAUGUCCUGAAUCUGGAAUCAAUUGGAAUGUAUUGGAAUCUUGUAGCUUCCUUGCUAGGGGCACAAUCUCGAGGACCGAUCUGAUGCGUCAUUACUGAAGUCAAUGAAAAGAUGUAGAGCCAGGCGAUUCACUUGAAAAGACCGGUGAAGGAAAUUGAAGAAGCUGAUGGAAGCUGGAAGCUCACCGGGCACACCAGUCCAAAGAUGACUUGUACAUAGCAAUUCAGACUGGACUCGAGAUGCAAGUUAGUGUACAGGAACCAGGUAAGGCAUCAUGUGCCUACCUGUGAUUUGCCUGAGGUUGUUCAUCUUGAUUUCCACAAGUCAGUGCAUUAUAAAACAAA